UCCCCGCACCUAAACCAUCACCACAACCACAAACUUCAGGUACUUCCAAGAUAGAUUAUACUUCUACAAAGUGCCAGGAAACUCAAAUGGAAAGAUGAGCCUUCAGGUCUACAGGGACGAGAUUUUGGAAAAGGUUGUGAGAACCUGGCUUGAAAACGAAGGACCUGAUGCUUUUGUGCUAGAAGAAGACAACGAUUCAGGCCAUGGCACAGGAAAGCAGAAUAUUGUGAGAGCUUGGAAGACAGCUCAUGGGCUAAAGUCUUACUUUAACUGUCCUCAAUCCCCUGAUCUUGUUCCAAUCAAGAAUGCCUGGAGUGCUCCAAAGGAAUGGAUUGCGCAGUUUGACAGCUGGGAUAACGAUUCACUUCAACCUAGCAAUCGAAGGUUGGAAUCGACUUACACAAGAUACAAUUUAUAGCUAGGGAGAUAGCAUUCCGCAACACUGGGAUGACUGCGUGGAAAGUGGUGGGAAAAUAACUGGUUGGUAGGACUAUCAAAAUUGUAUAUAGAUUGCUAGUAAAUUUGAUAGUAGCUAGC